GCUCUAUCCGCCCCCGGGGCUCAGCGAUCUUCCCGCUUGGAGCCCGGCAGGAACAUCUCCCCCUCCUGCCAGCAUGAUCAAGGGCUGCCAGAAUGAAUGCACGGGAGGAGGAUGUUCGGGAGAAUCAGGAAAGCAAAUGACUGAAUCUUUCAAGGCUUCCGACUUGAUUAUCACCCCAGCUACAACGUUCAAGGAAAAACCAGACCCCACUGGUUUGGUGUUUGGAACUGUGUUCACUGAUAAUAUGCUGACAAUUGAAUGGUCUUUGGCUUCAGGAUGGGAGAAACCCUAUAUUAAGCCACUAGAGAACCUCUCAUUACAUCCAGCCUCCUCGGCCCUGCAUUAUGCUAUUGAACCAAGAGGACAGACAGAGGAGAAUCUGGUGUCAUUGCUGUGGCUCAAUGAAUACACACUGUUUGAAGGGAUGAAGGCGUACCGAGGAGUGGAUGGCAAAAUCCGUCUCUUCCGCCCGGCCCUCAACAUGGACAGGAUGGCUCGAUCGGCGCGGAGAACAACUCUGCCAUCUUUUGACCAGAACGAGCUGUUGGAGUGCAUCCGUAAGCUUGUGGAAGUGGAGCAGGAGUGGGUCCCAUACUCAACCUCUGCCAGCCUCUAUAUCCGUCCUACCCUCGUUGGAACUGAGCCUUCCCUUGGAGUGAAGAAGCCAACCAAAGCCCUGCUGUAUGUCAUUCUGAGCCCUGUGGGCCCUUACUUUGCAAGUGGAAGCUUUAAUCCAAUAUCCUUAUGGGCAGAUCCAAAAUACGUAAGAGCGUGGAAAGGGGGAACAGGAGACUGCAAAGUGGGAGGGAAUUACGGUUCUGCUCUUUAUGCCCAGCAAGAAGCCCUGGAGUUUGGCUGCCAGCAGGUUUUGUGGCUCUAUGGAGAAGAUCACCAAAUAACUGAAGUUGGAACAAUGAAUCUUUUUCUCUACUGGAUAAAUGAAGAUGGAGAAAAUGAACUGGCAACGCCACCUUUAGAUGGCAUCAUCCUUCCAGGAGUGACAAGGCAAAGCAUUUUGGAUCUGGCACGCGACUGGGGAGAAUUCAAAGUGUCUGAGCGAUAUAUCACCAUGAGUGACCUGACAGCUGCCUUGGAAAAGAGCAGAGUAAAGGAGAUGUUUGGUGCUGGAACAGCUUGCAUUGUAUGUCCCAUCUCUAAAAUUUUAUAUAAGGGCAAGCACUUGCACAUCCCAACUAUGGAGAAUGGGCCUGAGUUAACAACCCGUUUCCUGAAUAAGCUAAGUGAUAUCCAGUAUGGAAGAGAAGACAGCGACUGGGCAGUGCUGGUGUCAUGAAGAUGGCAGAGUUCACAUCCUCCAGACAGACCUGACAUCUGAACAAUGACAAAUUCUCUAACUGCCAGUGCAUAGCAUAGUCCCAGUAUCAAUUUGCUCCCCAGGAUGAUUGUUUCCACAAUCUGGCAAACGUGAACACAAUCAUUUUGAUUUCUACUGUAAUCCUCUUGGUAGAAGCCUGUCUUCUUGGUAGAGGUGCUAAAUGUUAGCAGUAGAACCUUCCCAAUGGUUUUCUUAGUGCCUCCUUAUAUACACUCUGAAAACUUGUAAAUGCUUUUCAGCUGCUCUUCAGUUUGGUUUGUUUACUGCCACCACCAACAGAACAUGUGUCACGUGAGGAUGUUGCCUGUUAGCUGCCCACGGGGUUCUGUUGACAUUAUUCUGCCUUUUGCUCUGUGUUUGGAAAACAAACUUAGCCAUACACUCUGUUCCUUCAUGCUCUACUUGUAUGGGAGAUUCCUGAGUUUGCAUAGCCUAGUAGAUGCCCUCAUACUCUGUCCAAUAACUCUGGCCUUUAGCCCAAAAUUCUCUGAGUCAGUCUAGCCUGCAAGAUGGUCCCUGCUGGCCUAUUGCCCUCCCCUCUGUGGAGAUUUGCAGUGGCUGCUUGGGCAGUGUAUUCCUCUCUAAGAGUUGAGUACAUCCUUCUAGACAUGAUUUAAGAGGCUGUGGCAGGCCCUGCUGAGAUGAGAAUUCCCCUUUAGCCUAGCAGAGCUGGGCUCUGCAGAGCCAAAAUGGACAACACACACUGUUGCCUUGCAGGUGAGUGUCUAGAAAGUGAAAUUAGACAACUUUGGCUGUGAAAAUUGAACCAUUCUUCACAGCAACCAAAGCUUUGGAUUGAGGAGUUUCUUCCAUCAUCCACUCACAUAAUUUAGAUGAGAAAAAAUGUUUUCCUUGUCUCUUUCACAUACUUGCUGUAUCCAGCCUCCAUUGACACGUGUUCUGUAGAAGGGCCUUCCUGUUAAGGAACAAGCAGUGUUGUCAACAGAAAAUGUCUAGAAGGAAAGAGGUUUGCAUUCAAACCCUGAUUGCAUUCUGGUUAAGCAGAUAAUUCAUGGAAUGCUGCUUUCUCACAUGCAGUCUUGAUUCUUUGGAAGCAAUACAGAGCAUGUAGCCCAUAGCUGGGGUAGUAACUUCUGCAAAUGUUCACCAACGACCAUCCUGCAAUAUUUAUUAGCUUUCUCCUUCUGCACACAGCUUUGUUGAACAGCUUUAAGAUACCUCUUGCCAAAAAGGAUAACUGUAUUCUGUAUCAAUGUUCCAAAGUGCUACUUCAGUAUAAAACUGGUGGAACUUUAUUGACAUUUUAUUGGAGUCCUAUAAGAAGUAAAAGUGAAACAUUUCUUGUUCUAGUUUGCAGUAGAGAUGCACCAGUAUUAAGGGAAACAUUUAGCACUUUAAUUUUUGUGAGACCAACAGUAUCUCUCCCAUGCUUAAUAAGACCUUUGUAGUUACUGGCAUUUGUUAAUAUAGUUUAAAAAGGCAAAAUAUAAUUUCUAGUGGACCAUCCAUGCCUUAUGCAGAUGAUGAAGAGCAGCCUUAUGGCUUCCUGUUCAUUUUUGGUCACAUUUUGAAGACCCCUCCUUAGCCAUCAUUUUCUUCUGCUCCCUCAGAUCAUGAUUUUUCCUGUCUUUGACUGCAGUCUAGUCUGAUCUUUUAAUGGAGAACAGUUGAAGGUUCUCUCUGACAAUGUAACUAUCGUUAAAAAUCGAUGGAUAAUUUUUUCUUUAGUCUACAACUGCAAGCACAAAAUGUUUCACUCACAGUAGCCACAGUGUUGUGACCAUUUGAAUCUGUAUCUUGUGUUGGUCUUUGUUCAGUAUCCUACUAUGUGUUAUAAGCUGCUGGUAGUCUUUCCUUUUAUUUAAUUAGUAGUCUUUCCUUUUAUUUAAUUAGAUGGCUGGAAAAAUAAACAUGGGGAAUAUGUCAAGGUGUAACAUGGGGUAGAGAAUUUUAUCCAACGAGGCCAGUAUCAAAAUUAAAGAGUGCCUUUAACCCGAGUGUGGCGUGGAGCUCUCUAAAGAUGAUGUAAUGAGCAACCAUGUGUGGCUUACUGGUACUGAACAAUCUAUUCUUUCCCUUAAGUUCAUCUUUGUUUUAGCAGCAAAUGGAAAAGAGAAAAUAUCUAACUUCAGAUGCAUGGCAAAGUGGUUGUGCAAUACCUGAUCAUUUCAGCUUUGACAGAGUUGAUAAAUGAUACCAUAUAUCAAAAAAUCCCCACGAAGGCCUCAGUAUACCAGCAGCAAUAUAUUUACUAGGCAGAAUGAACAAGGACCAGUUAGAAGAAUUAUUUUACUGAACAGUUAACCUGAAAGUUGUGUAAAACCUUUCUUAAAUUGGUUGCAAGUAAUUUAAUAUGAAGGAACCAGGUGCUUUCAUUUGUUGUUGUUGUGUUUUGCACUGUUUCCUGCACUGACCAGAGAGAAACCUCUCUUUUUUCUGAUGAUGGAGGCUUCAAAAUGAGGAGAGUUGAUAGUGCAGUGACACACAGAAAUGAGUGGUCUUUUCUCCCAGGGAAGAAUGAAAACGUGGAACGUGUGUAUGUUCAUUGUUGUCUUUAACUUCUUUCUUAAUUGCCUUGCUCUGUCUGUGUCAACUCAAGGCCAUGCUUGUUUCCAAGUGGAAUCCAGGGGAAUAGGUUUUAGAUUUUAAACUUUGAAACCUAAAUAAGAGAGCUGACAGGUCAGUAUAGUACAGGAAAUUCUUCUGAUGUUGUAUGCUGUCCUACUCUGAAUUCUGGCAGUGCAUUUUAUCCCAUUAACCAAAGGAAAGGAAUAGCAUGUGUAAUUAACAAUCAGUACUUGAUAUUGCAUUCUCCUUGUUUUCACUUGUAAAAUUUAGGAGGGAACUGUGGUAUUCCCUGAGCUAGUAACAGAUUGUAAAAGAACAUCUGCACAUCUUUUCUCCAUGUGCCCUAUUUGUUUAAUUGCAACAGAUUUACAUAGAAAGAGUAUGGUACAUCAUAACUAGGCAAUUAUCCAUUCUUCAUCACUUAGUUAUGGUUCUGGUAAUUGAUCAUUUAAGACAUAAGAUAGUCUAACAUUAGGAAAAUUUGAAACUGUUCAAAAAAGAUCAACAAAUUAAUAUUGUUGUGUGAUAUUUGCAUAAUUGGCUGCAAUUAUUUAAUGUUUAAUUGGGUUGAUCAAAUGAGAUUCAGCCUUUCACAUGCUUAUGUUUUACAAACACUGGUACUUUAAAAUUAUAAUAAUGAAAUCUAAUUUUCAUAUGUUCUUUCUUCUCCAUCCUUUUGAUUAUUAUUUUCAGUAUUGAGCAUGUCCUUAAUUUUCAGUUUAGUUAGCGUGAUUCAUGACUAGGAAAAAAGUCCUUCAAAUAAGAGAAUUUUCAUGAAACUAGCAUUUCAUACAAGCUGUUCUGGUGCCAAGAAUUAUGAUAAGCUUCAGCAACUGGCAUUACUUAACCAGAUUGUUAACAGCAGUGAGGGCAAAUUCAUUGAGAAUUGGCAGGGACAGACCCAGGUGAGGAUGUUGAUGAAGGUUCCUAGGGUAGAUAACUUGUUCAGUCCAUAGCAGGGCAAAACACACAUGAUUUUUCUGGGGUAUAGAGGGGAAGACUGAUAGGACAAAAGCAAGGUAGUGAGAUCUCUCUGCCCAGCCAUUGUUUACACCUGUUCAACUAUCUCAAGCCAAAAAGCAGUUAUCAGCCACUCCUCCUCUUUGUACAUAACCUCUUGUUUGGGUUUGCCUAAUUCAACAUAGAGAUAUCAUAGGUCCUUUCCUGUAUACUUAUUUUUAUUAUUUAUCCUCAGGUGUGAAGAAUGGUAAUUUGGAAAAAUAUGAUACUUGAAAGUCUUGAUUUGGAGUGCAAAUUAUUUGAAAUGUCUGUCUUCCAAGAGGUAGACAGAAAAACAGCUGGGAGUGAUCUCAGUGCUGCUUAAUUAGAGGAGAAACCCUCUUGAAUUCAAUGACCUCUCCAAAACAAUCUGCAUAAUCCCAGCAGGUUCCUGAGUGUGAACUGUCUGGUCACUGUGCCUUGCUCUGGAAUAGAACACAGAGGUGCCCAGAGUUGGUGGCACAGCCUGGCAGACUGUGGUACACUGCCUUUCCCUCCAUGGGAUGAACCCUACUGAGGGUAAGUUUUAAUGUUCUGGUGGCAGGCUGAUGUCCUGAGAGGUGGCAGCUGUAAAUGAUGCCCUGAGAUAGUUGUUGCCCUGUUCCUUGCUGUCUUUCUCUCCCUUGCACCUUUUCUUCCCCAGCCUUCUAAUGUUGUCUCAUAUCUAAAAGUGACUGUUUAAGCAAAUUUGCAUUCUUCUUGCUUUUAGCAGUAGUGACAGUUAAAAAAAAAAAACAACAACAAAUAAGGAAGUUUUUUAUAUUCCAGCUGUUGAGGGAUCAGAAUUGUGCUUUACCACCAGAACAUGUAGUCCCUGAACAGACUGCCACUGACUUUGUGACCGUGGACAAGUUACUUAAACUCUUUCUGAGUGCAGAGUAGUAGUACUGCCACUUAUACCAUUUCUAACUCUAAUCCAAAUUUUUGCUUAAAAACUUCUUUCAUUACAGAUCAAAUUAAGCUUUCCAGAAAAAGCUUUUUAAGCAACAAGAAAUAUGCCAUGUAAAGUCCAGUAUUUCAAGGAUUACAUUAGAAUAGACUAACUUGGUUAUGCAGGGAAAAACGUUAUUUAAAUGAGAAAUACAUUCAAAGUUUGCUGCAUAAACCCAUAAAUGUGGAACAAAUGUAGAAUAUAAAAAUUAACAUACAGAAUGAUCUUGACAAGAGAACUUCAUCUCAGACUGGGCCAUCCUAUUAGAAAAGUGAUGCUUGAAGGAAUCAUGACACCUCUCAAUGUAAAGUCAUGAGCAUGGGACUAUCUUAGAGGUGCACUUGGUCAUGUAGCAGAGACAGAUCUCUUUAACCAUCUUGACCAAAAAUUUGCUGAACUGCAAUGCUUACCAAUUUGGAGGUGUGAAAGACCUGUGUUUUACUGUAUUUUGUCUCUAACCUCAAGAUUUGGAAAAAUAAUUGAUCGGUCCUAAAUCAUUUAAGCUCAAAAACUUCUUAAUAAGUUAUUUGUAUUUUUUUAGCCAUAAGAGCAGAUGAGAAUACUGGCAUUGCAUUGGUGAAAAAUACUGUUGUAGCAGUCCUCCUGUCCAUGCCUUGCUUUGAGCAUGAUUCUUAUUAAUAGGAAUUCCAGAAUAUUUUCUUUGACUGUGCAAAAUCUGAGUGCCAUCUAUAGUACACUUGCAGAUAUAUCCCCAGCUCCAUAAAAAACUAACAGAACUAACUUAGCCAUUACCUUGAGCUAGAACAGUCAUGUCAGGUACAUUAGGACAUUGGGACUUAGCAGAUAUGGAGCAAUACUAAAUUACAACAGCAAGUAGAUUUGAAAUAAGAUUAGUCAAUAGAUUUGGAAUUAAGUUUAGGAAUUAGUAACUCAGAUAAACAGAAAUCUCAUUAAUCACACUAGCAAGGGUGACCACACAUAAAUAUACUAAAAAAAGUAAUGGUAAUUAUAUUCACCAGUAGUAACAGCAUGGUUCCCUCUGAACAUGAAUUUAUACUCUUUGCUUAUCUUAAAAUUUUAAUUUAUCAUGUCUGAUUUUUACCACAAUCCUGCAUUUUCAUGCCACGCUUUAAAAAAAAAAGUCUCUUAAAUUUCAUUCAUGAGAAGAUCUUAGGGAAGAUUUAAGACCUUGAUUUAAAAUUUUAAAGCCUUUAAAAUACCUGCUGGGUAAAGUUAAGGUAGAAACAGGGAAGACAGCUUUGUGCAACAUCUGACUAGUGUUCCAAAUUUUGGUUUACCAGCACUGGCCAUUUUUGGUUUUUACCAAAGAGGUAUGCAGGGAAUAGUUCAUAAAAUAAGCUUAUUGCUUGUUUUCCUAAGUAAGAGUUAGGGAAGUUUCUAAGAGCUGGUUCUCUUAACACUAACUCUGUAUAGUUCUUGAUUCUGUCAGGCUUAGAGCAGUCAUUUCAAGGGGAGGUAGAGGAGCUCAGAAGCUUUUCUCCGGCAGUAGUGUCCUGCAGAAAAAGAUUUUCUGUCCUUUUAUGAUCAAAGUGAUCGAGGUAUGAACAUGGAAUCUUUUAAACUUUGCACCUUUUUAUAAAAAUUUUGUUUUUCAUUUUAGAGUUCUGAUACAGUGCUGCUGAACUAUUGUCUUACACUAACAUAUUGCAGUGGCUUAUAGGAAGAAAGCAAACAUCCUUAUUUGUUAUGUAAUCACCUCCUUCCUGUAUACCAAAUCCUUUGGUCACUAGGAUUUGAUCACCACUAGAAUCGUGAUCACUUUGGGUGAAAUAACUGUACCCUGCUUGUACUAAACAAAGCACUUAGUGCUGGCAGCAAAGGCCAGAGCAGUGAGUGAAAAGUCUGCUGUGUCAGGAAGAGGCAUGCCAGGAGCAAGAGUGAAAAUACCCAUCAGGUCAGCGAGGCAGGAGGUCAGCAGCACAUCAUAGCCACUCUUGUUCAGUCCAACAUCCUGGCACCACCCAGGCACCACCCUGGCACACCAGAAAUCCAGCAGGAUCAGAGGCUGAUGUUGGUAUUUAAAAAUGCUCUCAUUCAUUUGCUUAAACACCUACAUCUGUGCCUAUGUUUUCAGCCUGGGCCCCUGUAUCUUCACUGAAAGCUGCAACAUACUUUUAUGUGUUAUCAAACAGUGGAAUAUUUGGUCAAACAGCUAAUGCUCCAUACCAUCUAAAAGGUCACUGAUGUGUUCUCUUCCCAUAAUUUGUGUUAAGCCCUGUGGUUGGCUAGAGCUGCAAGUAGGAGACAAAGACAUCAUUAACACUAUUUCAUAGUCCAGGAUGUUCACAAAGAGUGGAUCUAUUCCCUUUAUCUCCCGGGGAGAUGGCUUGGACUCACAUUGGCCACUGAGAGACAAAAUGUAGAAGGUUCUUUGCCAUGAUGGAGACAAGUUAGAGUUUCAUCUGAAGCUAUUUACAAACAAUAUCUGUUGGAAAGCCAGAAGUCCCCACCUGCUUGACCUUUGAGGCAUUUAGAAGGGUGCAGUAGUGGUUACUGAAAUAGUAGCACAUAAGCAGUGGGAAAUUAGCAACUUAGGGAGGGAGAAGUAAACACCUCUGAAGGGUCUCUAUUUUCUCAAAUGUUGAAAGUGAACUGGGUAUUUUACAAGAAUCUGAAGCAUAUAAAAGCAGUAAAGGACAGAUGUGUGAAAAAGUACUGGAUAAACUAAAGGAAACUCUACCUCAUUCUUCUCUAAAGGUUUUGUAGAAGCACAAUUUAGAGCUCCUAAUGGCAUUGUUAUGUAGCGACCAUCUGGCAUGAAAGAAGCACUAUAUUUGUAUGUCUGUAAAACCUGUAAGAACUGUAUUUUGCUGGCAGUAGAAACAGUCUAUACUAUUUGCAGUUUUCCUCCUCAAAUCUGUAAUUAUUCAAUGUUUCUGUCUCCAAUAAAGGAAUUUAAUUGGCA